UGUACUGACUACGUGCCUCAAAUGGACGGAGGAGGGUAGUAGCAAAAUGCUACCUACAGUAUAUAAAUUCAUUUUAUUCCGUAAAUGACUCAAUAUUUAGAAAUUAAAAGAGAAUGAGUUUGACACUAAAGCUUUAUCUUCUACUCCUACUUGUCUGGAGUCAUCAUGUUGAUUGUGCCUCCAUCGUCAAGUUUCUUCCCGGUUUUGAAGGCCCUCUUCCGUUCGAGCUUGAAACAGGGUACAUCGGCAUUGGUGAGGAAGAGGAAGUGCAAUUGUUCUACUACUUCAUCAAAUCCGAGAAGAAUCCAAAAGAAGAUCCUCUCCUUAUUUGGUUAAACGGAGGACCUGGAUGCUCUUCUCUCGAAGGCCUUUUUUUUGAGAAUGGACCUGUGGGUCUGAAGUUUGAGGUUUACAAUGGAAGUCUAGUUUCUUUGGUCUCUUCUACAUAUUCAUGGACACAGGUGGCGAACAUAAUAUACUUGGAUCAACCUGUUGGAGCUGGCUUCUCCUACUCAAGAACUCCACUUGAUAAAACUAGUGACACAAAUGAAGCAAAGAUGAUCCAUCAGUUUCUUCAAAAGUGGCUAAGCAAGCAUCCACAGUUUCUCUCCAACUCGUUUUACGUUUCCGGAGAUUCUUAUUCUGGCAAGACUAUUCCAGCACUCGUUCAAGAAAUCUCAAAAGGUAUGCAAUUAUAUAUGAUAUUGUAUCUGUAUUGUAUCUGUUUUAACAAUAUUGGCACUAUGAUUCAUGCAGGAAAUUAUAUAUGUUGUAAACCUCCCAUUAAUCUACAGGGUUAUGUGCUGGGAAACCCAGUAACACAUCCUGAAAUUGACGAAAACUAUCGUAUUCCAUUUUCACAUGGAAUGUCAUUAAUCUCUGAUGAACUCUACGAGUCAUUGAAGAGAAAUUGCAAAGGAAAUUAUAGAAAUGUGGAUCCACGUAACACAAAAUGUUUGAAACUUGUUGAAGAAUACCAUAAGUGCACUGACAAAAUAAACACACAACAUAUAUUAUUACCAGAUUGCGAUGACAAAAGUAAUUCAUCAAAUACAUCUCCUGAUUGUUAUUAUUAUCUAUAUUAUCUCAUUGAAUGUUGGGCCAACAACGAGAGAGUUCGCGAAGCUCUUCAUGUUGAAAAGGGGACUAAAGGACAUUGGCAGCGAUGUAACUGGACUAUUCCAUACAAUCAAGACAUUAUAAGCAGCGUACCUUAUCAUAUGAAUAACAGCAUCAGCGGAUAUCGAUCUCUUAUUUAUAGUGGUGAUCAUGACAUCACGAUGACAUUCCAAGGAACUCAAGCUUGGAUCAAAUCUCUGAAUUACUCCAUCAUUGAUGACUGGAGGCCAUGGAUGAUAGAAGCUCAAAUCGCUGGAUACACGAGAACUUAUUCCAAUAAGAUGACAUAUGCUACCAUCAAAGGAGGUGGACACACAGCAGAGUAUAAACCAAACGAGACAUUUAUCAUGUUCCAAAGGUGGAUCAGUGGCCAUACUUUGUAAAAGAGACUAAUGGCCUUGGAAGCACACUUUUUGGAUUGCUAAAUGUAUUAUUGAAUGAAAAAAAUUAAACUUCUUGAUCGUAAAGUUUGUUACAUGGUUCACUAUAUAUACAUUUGUUUAGUAAAAAGAAGCUAAACCAAAUAAUAACCAUUAAUAUAAACCAGAUUAUACCA